UUGGGAGGGGGGGAAAACAUGGCAGACGAGUCGGAGGAAGUAAACACAGCUGUUGAUGGGGAAGCUACAGAGCGGACAGACGAAACCCCGACGGGCGAUGAGAAUGUCGACGGCCCCACACAGAAUAUGCCUGAGAAGCCGGUGUCGGAGAGCAGUUGGUCCGCCCCACUGCUGUCUUUGGCGCGACGGGCCACGGAGACGCUGAGCAGCGGGGUGAGCUCCUCACUCGCCUCCGCUCCCAGCGCUCCUUCUUCUGAGGCGGAAAACCACUUCCAUAGUCAAGCAAAACUUCUUCCAGUGCUGCCCCUCAAGGACCCGAUGGCGAUUGAAAGGUCCAACCUGCUCAGCAUGAUGAAGCUCAGCAUCAAGGUGUUAAUCCAGUCGUCCCUAAAUCUGGGCAGGACGCUGGACUCGGAUUACCCUCCUCUGCAGCAGUUCUUCAUAGUCCUGGAGCACUGCCUCAAACAUGGAUUGAAAGCUAAGAAAACCUUCAUUGGUCAGAACAAGUCCAUAUGGGGCCCUUUAGAGCUGGUUGAAAGACUGUGUCCCGAGUCAGCCAAUAUUGCCACCAGUGCCAGAGACCUGCCUACCAUCAAAACAGGUUUGGGGAGAGGCAGAGCUUGGUUGCACUUGGCCUUGAUGCAGAAGAAGGUGGCAGACUACAUGAAAGCCUUGCUGGACCGUAAAGAUCUUUUGAGCGAGUUUUAUGACUCAGGAGCUUUGAUGAUGGAGGAGGAAGGGGCCGUGAUGGGAGGACUGCUAGUGGGGCUCAACGUCAUUGAUGCUAACUUGUGUAUAAAAGGAGAAGACCUGGACUCUCAGGUUGGAGUCAUCGACUUCUCCCUUUAUCUUAAAGACUCCACUAAUAAUGAAACUACAAAAGAUGACAGCAAGAUGACGGCCAUCCUGGACCAGAAACAUUACAUCGAGGAGCUGAAUCGCCACCUGAGUGGCACCGUCACUGACCUGCAGGCCAAGAUGGACUCCCUGGAGAAGACCAACAGCAAGCUGAUUGAAGAGCUGACAGCAGCGACUGACCGGAUCAACUCCUUGCAAGAGGAACAGGAGCAGCUGAAGAUGGAGAACGAGACAAUCAUGCAGUCCAGCCAAAAGAAAGAGGAGGCAGCACUUCAGGACAGCCAGGUGGAGCUGGAGACGUACAAGCAGACGCGGCAAGGCUUGGAUGAGAUGUACAACGUGGUGUGGAACCAGUUCAAGGAGGAAAAACGAAUUCACCAGGAGCUGGAGCGCGAGCUGGAGCUGCAGGUGGCUCUGAAGACUGAGAUGGAGGUGGCCAUGAAGCUGCUGGAGAAGGACUCGCAUGAGAAGCAGGACACACUGGUGGCUCUGCGCCUCCAGCUGGAUCAAGUCAAGGCUCUGAACCUCCAGAUGUUCCACAAAGUUCAGAACUCCGAGCAAGAGGCGGCGAAGAAGCAGGCGCAGGCGGAGCAGCUGGAGAAGAAGAUGAAUGAGAUGGAGAAGGCCAUGGCGAACAUGGAGCACAGGCUGAAAAGUUCGGAGCAGCGGCGGCAGGAGAGCGACCUGUCGGACCGAGACAUGCGGCUGGAGCUGGAAGGGAAAGUCCGCUCGCUUCAAGGUCAACUGGGCGACCUGGAUGCACUCAGGGUGGGUCUGGAGCAGGAGCUGCGGCAGGAGCGGGAGCAGAGGCAGAGCCUUCAGAGAGCUCUGCAGAGGGAGCAGGACAACAGCGCCGAGCUGCGCACACAACUGCAGCAGCUGCAGGGUCUGCACACGGAGCUGCAGGACCUGAAGCAGGAGAAGCAGCAGUUGCAGCAGAGGUGUGAGCAGCAGGAACAGGCUUUACAGGAGAUGGGGCUCCAUCUCAGCCAGUCGAAGCUGAAAAUGGAGGAUUUCAAAGAGGUCAACAAAGCUCUGAAGGGUCACGCCUGGCUGAAGGACGACGAGGCCACGCAGUGCAAGCAGUGUCAGAAGGAGUUCUCCAUCGCUCGCAGGAAGCACCACUGCAGGAACUGCGGCGACAUCUACUGCAGCAGCUGCUCCAGCCAGGAGCUGGCGCUGCCCUCUUACCCUCGCCCGGUGCGGGUGUGCGACAUGUGCCACUCGCUGCUGCUGCAGAGAAGCUCAUCCAGCAGCUCGUGACAGACGCCACAUCAGGUUCCUUCUGACUCUGACUGGAAUGUCACUUUUCUCCUUCCACUCUUACCUGAAAUUCAGGCUCGCUCGUGUUUCCCUGGACACUGAUCGCUCCACCUCACUCAUGCCACGCUCAGCUCAAUGGUAGGGCCACCGCUGAUGCAGCAUCGGCAUGGCUCGGCAGAGGGUGUCGGGGUCACUGCCGCUCACACAUGCAUCCACCCAGGGUUCCCAGGCUGUUUUUAGUCCUUCUCACUUCCCUUUUAUUCAGGCUUUUACAUGUGAUAAGCUGAGGCCACGGACCGACACCAACAACUGCACCCACCAAAAGGUCAGAGCUCCAGUAAGAUGGGAAUCAUUGAAACAUUUAAUGGACAAGAUUUUAUCUAUACGCAUGAAGAGGAUCCCGUUCAUCGUUCACCAGUAGGAGUGACUGUUGACGAUUUUCAAAUUUGCAGAAGAGUGACAUUAACAAAAUAACAUUCAAUAAUAAUUCUUGAUACUAAUAUUACAUUUUGGAUAUUUUUUUUCUUUCCCAAAAAUAAACUUCAGGUUCCUCCUUCCUAUUUGCACUCUGGAAUGUAUCCUUAUUCUGAGUGGCUUUUUGUAUUUUCAUUUAAAUUUAAUUCAAGAUCAAGUAGUGCAAUGUCUGAUCAGUGUUAAACUUGCAAGUCACCUUGGCUCAGGCCCUGACUUGGUGGGUCUCGAGUCAUCCCAUCUGUCUUUGCCGUCAACGUUCUGUUUAAAUGUGAAUUCAACACCGUUGUGUCUUUUUGACAUGUGGAUUCAGGCAGAAGUAUUGUACUAACGAUUGUAGAGUCUGUGUUUUAUUGUGAAUUUUCAACGCUACAGAGUGGUUUCCCUGAAUAAUUUGGAUGUUGCGACCUGCUUUUCUAUCACAUUUGAUAAACAAAUAAAA